CGCAGAUCUCACAGGCCACUUGUAGUAUAAAUGAGCAACUCGGGCUCUUCCGCGCAGAAACCCUAGUACCGCUCCAGCUCUCCGCCGCCGCCGCCGCCCCACUCCUACUCGGGCUCUCUCCCACCCGGAUCCAGGAUGAAGUUUGUUGCUGCCUAUCUGCUUGCUGUCCUUGCUGGCAACCCCAGCCCCUCUGCGGAGGAUUUGACAGCUAUUCUGGAGUCAGUUGGUUGCGAAAUUGACAAUGAAAAGAUGGAACUCCUGUUGUCCCAACUGAGUGGAAAGGACAUCACUGAGCUCAUUGCUGCUGGCAGGGAGAAGUUCGCUUCUGUCCCUUGCGGUGGUGGCGGUGUGGCUGUUGCUGCUGCUGCACCUGCUGCUGCUGGUGGGGCAGCUCCUGCAGCUGAGGCAAAGAAAGAAGAGAAGGUGGAGGAGAAGGAAGAGAGUGACGAUGACAUGGGCUUCAGCCUGUUCGACUGAGUGCUGCGGUCAUCCUCUCUAUCAUCAGUGUCAGGCUUUGGGAAGAGGAAACCAGAGUCAUAUGUUUGGAUUUUUAAUCUUGUUUUAGAAGUCAGAAAACGCUGGAAAUACAUGCUGUUUUGAGAUGUAGCAAGUCCGCCGUAGGUUAUGCUGGAUGAUUUACUUUGAACCAAAGUUUUGCGACCCUACUAUGAUGCUUUAUGAAGAAUCGUUUCUGCGAAGUUUCACCGCUA